AUGGCCGCUGUUGCGUUAGAUACAUCAUUGACCAAUGUCCUCAAUUCCCUGGAUUUGGACAAAGUGCCAGAGAAAUUGAAAUGCACGCGCUGCCACAACUUCAACCUCAAUCCAUACAAAACCUCUUGCUGCGAUGUCGGAAUCUGCGAACCAUGCUUCAGCACUACUCGCGGCUCCAGUUGUCCCAAGUGCGAACAUCGGCCCUUUACCGAUGACAUUUGCAAGCCGAGUAAAGCCAUGCAAAAGACCAUCAAGGUUUAUCUCAAGGCACAAGAGAAGACGAGGGUGGAUGAGCGGGCCAAAUCUGUCGGACAAGAUGAGGUUGUCCACCCACCAGACGCCGGCAAACCCGUCGUGAAUGGCGGCAGCCAAACAGAUGGAGUAAUAGCAGAGGUGUCGGAGGAGCGGCGACAAGAGGAUGUGGCAGAAAGUGAAGACACCCUUGCUGGAAAUGUCCACCCGUCAAUUGAGGAACCUGAACCUGAACCCGCCGAUAAUGACGACGAUAUCGACAUCCAGGUAGAAGCAGAGGACGAGAACCUGCAGCCACUUCCGACCCGCGUGAAGAGUACUGAAGACACUCCUCAGCCUACCAAUUCCUUCGAGAACAAACCGAACUCACAAGACGUGAGCCAAAGUAAUACUGAGGGUUUCAAUAGCAUGGACUUUUCAAACAUGAUGAAUGGGUUCGGCAAUAUGGAUUACAAUCAGAUGAUGCAAAUGAUGUCGGCAAACGGGAUGGGCUUCAAUCCAAUGAUGGGAAUGCCUAUGGGAAUGAAUCCAAUGUCAGCAGGCAUGUUUGGCGGAUUUGGCGGUCCAAACGGAGGCAUGAACAUGAAUGGGAUGAAUGGCAUGAACAUGGCUAUGAACUACAAUGCCAACCAAGGAAUGUAUGGCUGGGAAGGCCAGAACAACAAUAUGUGGCAGAAUAAUAAUGCAAAUGCAUUCUCGAAUGGCAUGGGCAAUGACUUCGGUUCCAACUAUGGUUUCAAUAUGGGCCCGUCUGGCAACUUUCAACAGCCCUAUACCUCUGGUGAUUUUCAAAAUGGCUACUAUGGCCGCGGCUAUGGCAGAGGUCGUGGUCGUGGCCGUGGCGGCUUUGUGAGAGGCCGCGGUAACUUCAAUCAAUUCUCGCAAUACCACCAACAGGGAUACCAGAACCAGAAGCAAUUCGAUAGCCGCAAUGUGCAGUCUCAUACGAUGCAGACGGCAUCCGCCGAAGUCGCGGCGGCCGAAGAAGAACACAUGGACAACAACCACGAUCCGGUUGAUGACGGUCACGAAGACGAUGACUUCGCCCCUGGCGGUCAGGAAGAAGUCCAAGAGGCCCUUGGGGAAGACUACCAGAAGCCCAUCACCGUCGAAAAGACUGUCACUACAACCGCUACUUCCGAAGCUUCUGCGGCUAGUGGAGGUGAUGAGGUGGCGACAGCAUUAGAAUCUCAACCUAUGGAUGAGUCUUUGGAAGCUGAUAAGGUGAACGGGAUUAAUGGACAGGACGACGGGGAGAAGGCCCAACCACCGGUUUCUGAGACUAUGCAAACGACGCCUGCAGAAAAGCCGAUACCUGAAGCAUACAAUGAAGAUCUACAAGGCCCGAUGCCACCACCGUCGGCACCGCUUGGUCCCUCGGCUCAAUACGGUGAUCAUGGCUUUCGCUCUCGAGGACAUGGUAGAUUCUCCUCUCGCGGGCGUGGCUCGAUUUCGAUGCCAAACGGGCAUAUUGCUCCAACAGUAAAGCCAUUCCCGCAAAUUGCUUCACCCAUGGAACCCAAAGGCGUGGGCGUCAUCGGGGCACCAACCGGUCCUAGAGCGAUGCGUGAAGCAGCUGUGCCCGGCAGACCGCCUUCGCGACCUGCAGCAGCCGGGUUUCAAAUCAUGGGAAGAGCAUCUAUGUCGGCGUCACAGCGUUCAGAGUCUCGAGAUGUCGAGAGAACUCGUAGUAAGACCCCUGAUAAAGACAGGGACAGGUCUCGACGACAAUCCGUACAGGACAAACACUCCAACUUGAGAUAUGAAGGGGACGAGCAAGACGAGUCCGAUUACCGCGACUCUGACAAGCCCUCCAGGAAAUCGUCAAGGCGCGGCACCUAUGAUGAUUAUGAUCGGAACGAGCGGGAAGCAUCCUACGCCGAAUCGGAUUCGGGGGAUUAUAAGUCAUCUUCGAGACGCAGUCGGGGCGAUAAGGAGAGAGCUUCCAAGCAGCAUUCAUCCCGGUCAUCACGGCGACGUCACGACGAGGACGUUGAUGAGGACCACGAAAUGGACGACUACGCGGAAUCGACAAGGUCAACUCGAGAUGGGUAUGAGGCUGAAAGCAAGAGCAGACACCGGAGUAGCAAGUCCUCUCGUCACGACGGCAGAGAUCGAGAUCGGGACCGCGAUCGGGAUCGAAAUCGAGACCGCGAUAGGGAUCGUGAGCGAGACCAUGACCGCGACCGCGACCGUGAUAGAGAUCGGGAGAAGACACGGACCAAAGACCGGGAGCGAGAGCAUCGAGACGACAAACAUAGGGAUCGGGACCGGGAUCGGAAGCGCUCUCGACACGAUCGUCACCGCGAAGACGUAGACAGACAUCAGGAAUACGACUACGACUAUGACCAACAGCAGGACGAGGUUAUUACUGAAGAGCCUGAGUCGCGACAUCGGUCACGGCGUCACAAGAAAGAUCAUCGUCGUGAUGUUGAGGACUCUAACGGCUUGGACACCUCGAUGGUCAAUGGACGGUCACAAUCUCAUCGCUCCAGUGGCACAGUAACUCCAGCACCCGCACAGUCAAUGUCAGGGUCAGGGUCAGCUCACCCCGAAGAGAAAGACCCUCACACCCUCGAGCGCGAAGCACGGAAUCGUGAACGUAUGCUCAAAGAACAACAGCGACGCGAGAAAGCCGCCAAACAGGCUUCAUCCUCUGGCGGUGGUGGGACAAGUGGAAGGAGAGUCACAUACAAGUACGAAGAUGACCUGGAAAGGGGACUUGUCGAGGGUGAAAGGGAAAGCCAUGGGAGACGGUGGAGAUAG